AUGUGGGCCAUGUUAAAAUCUUCCCGCCCAAGUGCCCGCCCCACCGGCAAACAGAACGGCCACCAGAACAUACACAACCUCAAGACACUAGGCGCGUCCUCCACUACCACAGGUCCGACAACAUUUAUCAACAUUGAGGGGACGAAGAAACACUUCGUUCCGUACGAACCAACAAACAAAGAAAAGUCUGACAAAACGCUGGGCAUGACCUCCGCCAUCUCUUUGGCAGGUCCGACACAGUUCGAUAUUGAGAAGACGAAGAGUCUCAAAGAGUACCUCAUCCCUCUCGAUGCGUUCGAGCCAGAGGCGGAGAUGCAGCACCGCAUGGAGGUGCUCAGCUCAGUGUAUCGGCUGGUCCGUCAGUGGAUCUGCGAUAAGUCGUUCAGCAAGAACGUACCUGCAAGCGUCGUGGACACGGUCGGCGGGAAAUUAUAUACGUUCGGCUCGUACAGACUCGGGGUUCGUAACAAAAGUGCCGAUAUCGACGCGCUGUGUGUCGCCCCGCGCCACAUACAGCGGUCAGAUUUCUUUACUUCGUUCUACGAUUUCUCAAACACCAGUACACCUACUGAAUUCCUUUAUCACAAUAGGCUAUUUUCCAAGUUUUCAAAAAAUGGAACAAGACAUGGCAAACUAUGUGCCAUAUAUAAAAUGGGGUUCAGCCAGACUAUACUUAUGGUUAAAGGAACUUUACCAUCUAAGUUUGAUUGCCAGAGAGAUCGCAAAAAAAGGCAAUCAGAUACUACCUUAUCCCGAACAGCCUAUAUCAAACGUGUAAAAACUGCUCAAGAAACUGAAGCCAUUGCAGAUAUGCCUGGAAAUAGCACACAAAAAGAUGACAGUAAUAUACCUGAAACUGCUAUGGAAAUCUUAGGUAUCUAAAGUUGAUUACGAAAUAAUUUACACAUAUAUAUUAACUAACAGUUUGCCCGGCUUCGCCUGUGGUACUUACAUAGUCUAUGUCAGGGAGGGAUACCUUGCAAAUGGUCAAAUAAUUUUUUAAAUUGGUCCUGUUGUUCUUGAGAUUAAUGCAUUUAACCAAACAAACUUCAGGUUUAUAAUAUUAGUAUGCAAAAGUACCAUUUUGCAAGUUAAAACUAUAAUAAUUCAUUUGCAUAAGCAUCAGUUGAUUCUGUGAAAGACUUGAGAGCGGUGGAGGACGCGUUCGUGGCGGUCCUCAAGAUGCAUUUUGACGGUAUUGAAUUAGACCUGUUGUUCGCAAGAUUAGCUUUCAAAGAGAUACCUGACUCAUUGAACCUCAAUGACACUAUGCUGCUGAAAAACUUGCAUCAAAAGUGCGUUCGUUCAAUGAACGGUUGCCGAAACACCGAAGAGAUAUUAAGGCUGGUGCCUAAUAUCAACAACUUCCGUCUCACACUGCGCGCCAUCAAACUGUGGGCUAAACGUUUGGUGAUUACAGACGAGAAACUUGCCCUGCAUGUUCUCGUCUGUAGUGGUUGGGAGAAAUUUUUCAACGCUCCAAACUUCUUCUCCCGAUACAAACACUUCAUGGUAUUGUCGGUGGAAGCCGUUCAGGCCGAUGAGCAAUGCAGUGGUGUGGUCUCAUCCAGUCUCGUAUCAAACACCUCCGACACUAGAAGGGAAUCGGCACAUAACAACUGCUCACGUGAACACGGAGUGCUACAAUUCUACACCGCUGCAUUUCCUGCGUUGGCAGGAAAUCCACUGCCACCAGACUUUCCACACAGUUCAUCAGUACCCAUAGAUCCAGUGCCUGAACUCAAAGGAAAUGAAAAACUAAGUGAUACGAACUUAGUAUCAGUAAAUACUUAUAUGAUUAUUUAUUUUUAA